UAGAUUGUAACAAGGACGUUGAGCAUCAAACUGUUGUACACACUUUUAAGACAGUAAGCAGAUAAACCAGUUUUACACGAAACAACGACAAUUUAUUUAAUAGCGUAAUUCCGUUUGACCAACAAGUAACCAGCUGACUGAUCACGUGGUUUUGUCACCUGAUUGUGUGGUUUUAAUUGUUCACGUGAGUGGGUGGAAACGGCGCAUUUGUAUUGAAAUCCGUGGUAUGGAGGUCGAGUUCAUCAUAUUUGCGUUUAAAGUAAAGGACACAUAAAUACAUACUCCAUAUCAUCCUGCUUCAUGGAAAAUGGAUGGCAACCAAAAGAACAUACUCGGACUGAAACCCGAUCAGAGAAUUCGUUUUGAUAAUAAAACUGAGGUAUUGUCAUAAUUACCUCUACCCUAUGGUCGUGCACAAACGAACUGCUGAAUCUUAAAGGUGUAUGCAUCCUCGUGACGAUGCCUGCCAAUACCGGUACCAAGAUAUUUGCCGACAAGGAGACCAACAACUGGUUCAAGGCGUUCAUAGCCCUCAAUGUGACAAAGGAAGGACUGACUAACUUUGUUGAGAACACAAUGAAAAAGGUCCACGCAGCACUUGGAACGUGCAGCAGUUAUGAAAAAGCUAUAAUAUCACUUCACCGAUUCAGUGGUCCAUCAUGGAAAAACACUAAAAGACAUGAUUGGAAAUCAAACUGGUGGGAAAUAGCGAAAUGUUUUCUGCCUCCACAAGGAUACGCUAAUGUGUCAUCGGUUCAGGAAUCAGACUUUAAUGCGGUGAUAAACAUAAUAUUGAACUGCACAGAUUUCAAGAAUUAUCUCUCCACCUCAUGGCUAUCACCUCCACCGCCUGACCCGCUAUGUCCGUUAGAAAAGGUCCGUCAAAUAGGCAGAGAUGUACGCCACAGUGCCAACUGCAAGACAACAGAUGCUGAACUUCAAGACUAUUUCCAGGCAUUGACCAUGCUGCUGGCAGAUCCAGUAUGUCUGGCGCAUGAUACGAGUGCAAAUAUAGCCCUCAGUAGGCUUACUGAUCUUCAGAAUGACCGCCUCCCUCUGACUGAAUUUGGCAAUUUGAUUCAAGAGUUCAAACAAGCAAUUAAGCGUGUUAAAGAUGCCGCUAAGGAAGACUUCUCGGAAAAGGCAAAACAAUCUCUGGAAGAAGGUUUGAAAAAAAUAAAGGAAGCAUUAAAGGACGGUGAACAAGAGAUAAGAAACAAAAUACAACAGGCGGAUAAUGAAAUAACUGAAAAGAUGAAUAAGGCUACAAGUCAGAUUGAAGAGAUGAAGCAUGACAGUGUUCAGACAAUAUAUGACAGGACAGAAUAUUGUACUAGGCAGAUUGAACAGAAAAUCGGAGAUGAGACUAAGAAAGCUGAACAAACAAUAACAUCACAGAUAGACACACUGACAAAAAGCAGUGUUAAACUUAUAGAAGACCACACUAGAGAUAGGAUGGAGCGCAUACAACAGAAAAUUGCUGACAAGGCGGGAGAAGACUUCGAAAGACUCGUAGAAGAUCUUCGCUGUAGACUGGUGGACCAUUACCGUGAAACUGUUAGCUACGUGCCUCUGUCUUCUUUGUAUCCUAGUCUCGAUAAGCACGUACAAGAUGUCUAUGUCAGUCCAAAAAUACACAGGAUAAAAACAGAGAAUGAUGGGAGACGCACAAAACAGGAGCAAAUUUUUACGUAUAAAGAUUGCUUCAACCGUGGUGAUAAGUUAUCUAGACGUAUAUAUUUACAAGGUGAGCCUGGCAGUGGCAAAUCGACAUUUGCUUCCAAGAUAGUUAAUGAGUGGUGUAACAUACAUUUGCCUUCAACGGAAUCUACAAAAGAGACAACGAUGUUUGUUGACGUUGAAAUCCUAAAGAAAUUUGAGUUUCUCUUUUUCAUCUCUAUGAGAGAUUCAAGACAUCAGAAGGAUGUAAUGCAGAUGAUCAAAACGCAGCUAAUUGAUAAUAUAUGUACGGAGGACGAGCGUGAAGAAGCGAAGAAACUUUGUCUUCAAAUUAUAAAAAAUGAUAUAUGUCUCGUUAUUCAAGACGGUCUAGAUGAAUGGCCUAGUGAUGAAUCUCUACCUUCUAUGACAGGAAUUCCUAAAGAUAACUGCAUCAUACUCACAACGUCUCGACCAUGGAAACUAAGUGAUGAACGUAUCAAAAAUUCUCAAAUAGAUAUUCUGUUAGAAGUUGAGGGUAUAAGCGAUACUGAAGCAUUCAGUGAAAGAAUACUACGAUGCUUACUUGAAGAAUCAAUGGAUAUCAAAGAAAGUGUGGAGCAAUUCAACGUAUUCCUCAAGAGUCGCAACCUUGAGUCGAUAUCAUCUUCGCCUAUGCUGCAGGCACUUGUCCUCUGUACCUGGGUAGAUGAUACGGCUGAGCGUCUCACCGGAUCGUCACUAUGUGAUCUGUACACUACCCUACUUGACUGUUUAUGCAAAAAAGCCUCUCAUGACAUGUCUUAUUUCAACAAAUUGAAUCCACCGCCAGUAAAGAACUUUGAAGGUUCAAAAUAUCUAAAAUCAAAUAAGGCUCACAUAGAUUCAAUUGCUGAAGCUGCGUUCUCUUUUUUGUUUUCAAAUGAAAAAGAGACAUCAAUAGUUUUCAGCGAUGUCAAAUUGUCAGACUUUUUGCUUCCAUCUGCAAAAGAGUUCGCACUAAAAUCAGGGUUAUUAACCAAAAGGAAAUCUAAAAAAGCUACUGAUACGACUUGUAGGUUUGUCCACAAAACUUUUCAGGAAUUCUUAACUGCUUAUCAUAUCGCCAACAAUGCACACGCUGUGGAUGACGUCGUUUCCGAUUAUCUCAAACGCCAUAGCAAUUCAUAUCUUGAUAUAUCUCAAAUGUUCAUUUACUUGUGUGGCUUGAACAUCUCGGCAGCGAAUAAACUAUCUGCACUGAUGAAUGAGCACGGCUUUGGUGGCAAUUAUCAUCACUGGAUCUCCUUAGAGAGCAUCUACCAAGAAUUGAUCCUUUCCGGCUACAGGGAGGCUAUGGCCAACAAUAACACCCCAAUACACCUGCAUAUGAGUCACUUUAACUUCUACAUUGAUAAUGAUGCUGAAGAGUUGUUUCACAUCUGGGCACUGAACACGUUACGUGCACAAUUUUUAGACAUUGAUUUGCUUACAACUACGGUAUCAAUAUGUGCACAGGACGCGUUGUCUACUCGUUGUCAGAAAUCUGGACCUGUUUCCUUGCCUGCAUGUGAUGAUCCUGGUUCCUCUACACUUACACGAAAAUGUUGGGUAGAAUUCAGUUCGUCUUCGUGUUGUGUGGUGUUGGAUUUGUCAUGGUGUCACAACCUGGAACGGAUGGCUAUCAGGUGUAAUGCAACAGUGCAACCGAGUGCACUGGUGGGUCUUAACAGGUUGAAAGUUCUGCAGUUAAAUAAAGGUUGUAAAUGUAGAGCGCUUGACUUGUCGCAUCAUGAACACCUAGAAUUAAUUAUUCUUGGAGAUGGAGUAACUUUAUUACCGCUCUCGGUUAAUAAUUAUAAAAGUCUUAAACGUAUUGAAAUAUAUACAACUUAUGACGGACUGGAUUUGUCGCUGUUUGAAAAUUUAUCUUCGAUAGCAAUCAGCAAUGCGGUGAAAUUGUUACCAAAACGACCUCUCAUUCAUAACAAACAAAAACUGACUCGGAUUGCCUUAUAUGGAUUUAAAUUGAACAGUGUUGACAAUGAAGCCAAUCAUACAUGGUGUCUAUUAAACGGUGAAGAUUCAGUACAGUGUGCAGACUAUACUCCAGUACUGCUCAAUAUAGCAUGCAUUGACUUGCGUGAAGUCACAGUUUCCUCAAACUGGCUACGCAGUCUGCUCAGAACGCUGCUGACACUUGAUCAUAGGGUGAGGUGUAAUCUGGUUAAUUGUAUUAUAACUUCACUCGAUCAUGAGGUAAAGGAUAGGCUGCCAGGCAGUCACAUAGGAUCAUCUGCAGAGAAUGCAGGCAGCAUUCCAUUUGAAGGUAUAAACUUAAAAAUAGAAACGGAUAUAAACAAAACAUGUGCAAUCGAAGUGAACAACUUCUGGCAAAUCUGUCUAUGUGCAAUCGAAGUGAACAACUGUCUAUGGGAGACUCUGCAUGGUCUGGAUGUCAAGAAUCUGAGUUUAAGUGUUAUACCUAUAAAGUUUAUUCAAUAUUUUGGAUCCUGGAAUCGUAUACCUCAUAUGUCACAGUGUAAACCUCAUAUGUCACAGUGUAUACCUCAUAUGUCACAGUCACUAGAAUCCCUCUCCCAGCUAGAAACGCUUAGAGUUAAUUUACCUGAAUAUAUCGACCUGCAGCUGCCCCCGUCAUUGAAGCAUUUGAUAGGCUCUUUUUCUUCAUUGCUUCCUUCACAACUCCGCGACCUUGUGAACAAACUGUUGACAUGGACUCAAUCAGUUGAGUGUAGAUUGGAAUUCGUUUGUAUUGAUAAGAGGGAUAAGUACUGGUCCCAGAAGAUUCCACCAGAGGAAUAUAUGUCCAUCAAACAGAAUCUCGAAGCACUGGAGAAUGUUAAAGUGAAACGAUUUCGAAUAUAUGAAUUUGCACUUAGCACUAAGACCUGGUCUCUACGUGACAGUGUUGGGGUUGAUGAUGAUGAUGAUGAUGAUGGGGGCAAAGCAUAUCAGUAUUUAAAAUAUCAUGAAUCAAUUGACGGACUUGGUCGCAUAUCAAUGCGAAUUCAGAUUAACUGUGUUAAAAAUCCAGACUUGACCAAAUGAAGUAAUACAUGGAACUACAAGACUAUAUACGAUGGAUUAUCCGGAAAUAUGAAAACUUCAUCAUUUAUGCUCAGAAAUUUAUUUAAUACAAAAACUAAUGAACAUACAUGUAAGUGUAAAUACCUUAAAUUAACGAAAAGUUUUACUCCUUUACCAUUUAUCAUCUAGAGGUGACAGACGAUUAAAAUAAGUCACCACGGGCAAUCCGGAGCACGUCAAUUAAGGUUCAGUGAUGUUUUCGUCGCUUGUUUUGUAAGCACUUGUAGGCGUGCAUUUUAUGUUCUCUUUUUAUUAUGGAGAUUUUAAUCCCCCGUCAAAAGGAUAGAAUUGGUGUCUGUCCGUCAGUGAUGUUAUUUAUGAUGUAGUUCUCCUAUAACAAUUUGUAAUUUCAAGAAGAUAUUAAAAGUAUUUGUUUUAAAAAAAAUUCAUACUUUUUAUAAUGGAAAUCGUGUUGAUGAGUCGCAUUACAUUUAUAUUCCACAAUCUUUUUAAUUAAACAUAUUCUAAAAAGAUUUUGAUAUAAUCUUUAUUCAAUAAAAUAUAUUUUACAACGAAAACAUAUAAAACAGUAUAUUUAUUUCUGGAUCAUCCCUCUUUCAUGUGUAUGAUAUAUUUCCCGAAAAUUGUUUUAUUAUGUGUAAAUAAUUGCAUACAUAUUAUGAACAAACAACAAAAUUAAGUGUAUAUUGAAUGCGACUUCAAAUCAACCAUGUUAGAAAUACAGCCACGAGUAAGUAAAGUAAUACAUGCGGCUACAUGACCCCACUAUCAUGUUAACACGUUUGUUAUACAUUUCUAGAACAGCGUUAUGUAUGUACAAAAUAAAUUUGUAGAGGACUGUCA